GAGUGUGCUGAUUGAGCCAACCAGUGGCAACACAGGCAUUGGGCUGGCCUUCAUGGCUGCUGCCAAGGGUUACAGACUUGUACUCACGAUGCCCGCCUCCAUGAGUAUGGAGAGGAGAAUCAUCCUGAAGGCUUUUGGUGCUGAGCUGAUCCUCACAAACCCACUUUUUGGAAUGAAAGGAGCUGUCCAAAAGGCCGAAGAGCUGGCAGCAAAGACACCCAAUUCAUACAUCCUUCAGCAAUUCGAGAAUGCUGCUAACCCAAAGAUUCACUAUGAGACAACCGGACCUGAAAUCUGGAAAGGCACAGGAGGAAAGAUCGAUGGCCUUGUUUCUGGCAUUGGGACAGGUGGUACCAUUACUGGAUCUGGAAAAUACCUCAGAGAGAAAAAUCCUAAUAUCAAGGUUGCCACGCGGAUGCUCUUUGGACUACGAUAUGUACAUGAAGGCAUUUGUUUUAGUGCCAAAUAUUACUUACUAAUGCCCUCAAAG